AAAAAAUAAGAAUUACUUUAUCCUCCAAAUAAUUGAAACUGGUUUUAUAAAGUGAUUAUUCGCAGGAAUGCAUAUAAAAAGACACUGAAGAGCCGGCAGAAUCACAGUUGAGCCUUUCCAGUUCUACGCAACACAAGCUCAUCAUGCAAGCUGUUUUCAUAUUGGCUUUGGUAGCAGUGGCUAGUUCCACCCCAUUGGGAUGGAUCACUGGUGACAAUCUGCAAUCAUUCCAAUUCGGCCGUGUCAACAACAGGUUUACACCUGCCCAACAAUCGGCUCAACAGAUUGGACGGGAAAUCCAGCAAGCUCAGAACGUUAUUGAACAAGGUUUAGGAUAUGACCGAGUGAUUAAAUCCGAUGUCGCUCAACAAGCUGCUCGAGAAGUAGUAGAACAAGCCUUGUUAGCUAGGCAAGGACAGACAAUCGAAGGCAUCCAGGAUCUGGAACAACAGCAAAGAACUAACCCGCAAAACAUUGUUGAAAGGAUAGCCACCAACGAAGCCAUCGACAACCUCCAGAAUCAAUUGGUUUUCCAGCGAAAUAUUGGUCCAGUAGUCGCAGCCACUUCCCAAUUGGGCAGAACUCUUGAAGCCGCCAUUGAAUCUCAACUAACCCUCGACAACGUGGACGUUCAGCAAUGGGGUCGUGUUGGACAGUCAGACCUUAACUCUAAAGUAUUUCUUGCUAAAGUUGAGCAGCUCGUAGAUGAAAACAUCAUCCAGGAAAUCCAAACCGAGAUAAGCAGACAACAGGCCAAAAUCCAGCAACUUCAACAGCAAAAGGUCCUUGUUGACCAGCAAAAGCAACAAAUUCAAGUGCAACUUAUCGACGUUCAGCAAAUUGGAGACUUAGGAGUACAGUUGGAGCAAGUCCAACAGCAACUCCAACGACAAGGUGAAGAACUGAUCGGCCAACAACUCGCUCGUCAACUGGUCAUUCAGCAAUUGCAACAGGCGCUCAUCGAACAGCAACAGCAGCUGCAACGGGACAUUUUGGGUGAAUUGCAAUCAGAAUCCUGGGAAGAUGCCUCCAAUCAAAUCCGUCGAGGUGUAGGAAUUAACAGGAUUUCCAGCUUAGCACAGAGGGUUCCGGUGUCUCGCCAAUACGAAGACCUGAGGACUCAAGUUUGGAACCCAUAUUCCAUCAGUGGAAACUCUUGGUCCAGAUUCGGAAACGAUUUACGUCGAUCUGCCUGGGUCGCUUAAGCGAAGCUGAACUGAAUUUGAUAACUGGUCGUAGACAUAAAGUGAAUAAAUAGAACCAAACUAGCAA